ACAUUGCUACCCUAAGUGGCAUCCUCUGGCUCGGUCAGUUGUCAUGGUAACGGAAUUGUCACAAUGACUCUUGGGAUGCCACAAUACUGUGAAGAAGGACUGCUUUAAAACAUUCAUGUUUUGCACUGAAGAAUUUUGUGGAUGUAAAGCGCUGACCUAGCCGUGCUCUGUGUGACAGUAUGAACAAUGCUAUUGUCGUUGGUUUGUGGGGCUAUACAAACGUGGAGCAGCACUUGCAUUAGAGCGCCUACAUUGCUAGGCCUAUAGUUGGGAUAUACAAGGACCUAUGCACUAUACACCUGUUAGACAUGUGUUGAUGCAGCUGGAGAAAGCUCUAGGCACCUAAAUCGUCUUCAUGCGGUGACUCUUGACCUUGGGCACCAAACACAUCACUGGAUAUAGGUGGCACCACAGGUGGGCUCUCUAAUGUGAUAGCAUAUCUCACCUCAACGACAUCACACAAAAGUGUGGAUACAGAGUAACAUAUCGUAACUUCUACUGGAUGGUACAUUGUGUUCCAGGCUCGUUAGUAUGGACAGGUGUUAAACCUUUAUCAUGGUCCAACAGGAGGUGUCUAGGCAGGUUACAGGUGGGUUGCCUGCGCGGUAUUUGGUGGCACUGAUCUCGGGCGUAGCGGGUGUAUUUAUAGCCCUAGUGGUGUACCUCGUAUGGUUUUACUGUCGUCAGAAGCGCACCCAGCUCAACUGGCACGGGUCCUCAGACGGUGAGGACUCCCCAAAUACCGUGACGAACGACCUGAAGAUCAGUCAGAGUACACCCGACCUGGUGCACCAGUUAAUGGCUGAAAAUGGCAGCAUCAGUCACUCCAAACGUGGAAUUUUUAAAUCCACCCAACGUCAGGCCACCUUACCAACUGUCUCAGAGAGACAUGUGUCAUUUCAGCGACAACUUUCCCACAAGUUGGACUUCUCAAAUAUUGAAUUUACGGUGCAAAGUAUAAAACACAAGGAACAGCCAAACCUGGGCUCCAUCAAACCGGAGUUGUAUAAACAAGUGUCCAUCGACAGUAUUAAAAGUGAACACAUGCUCUGUGGGAAACUUUUCUUCAGUCUCAAGUACGACCAUGACCUUGGUGAACUAAAGGUCCUUGUGCACAGAUCUGAAGAUUUACCGGCAAAAGAUUUUUCUGGAACGUCAGAUCCGUAUGUAAAAAUAUAUUUACUACCAGACAGGAAACACAAAUGUCAGACAAAAGUUCACCGUAAAACUCUGAACCCAGAAUUCAAUGAAUCAUUUUCGUUCUCGGUACCCUAUAAGGAAAUUACGUCGAGAACGUUGCAGUUUAAUAUUUAUGAUUUUGACCGGUUUUCUCGUCAUGAUUUGAUUGGUGCUGUUGUGUUGAAGGACAUUUUAAGUGAGGGCAGUUUGGUGAAAGAAACAUAUUAUGUGCGAGAUAUACUUUCAGCCAAUCAGGAGAAGUUUGACUUUGGAGAGCUGAUGGUAUCACUGUGUUAUCUCCCGACGGCUGGAAGACUGACGUUGACUGUGGUCAAGGCCCGAAAUCUAAAGGCCAUGGACAUCACAGGUUCAUCAGAUCCCUACGUGAAGGUAUCACUGAUGUGUCAGGGGAAGAGAAUAAAGAAGAGGAAGACAUCGGUAAAGAGGAGCACGCUGAACCCCGUCUACAACGAGGCCAUGGUGUUUGAUGUGCCCCAGGAGAACGUUGACGAUGUUUACCUAGUCAUCAAAAUGAUUGACUACGAUAGGAUAGGCAGUAAUGAGGUGAUGGGGUGCUGUGCCCUGGGGCCGAAGUAUAACGGUAUUGGCCGCGACCACUGGUUCGAGAUGCUCGAGUCGCCCCGUAAGCCUGUUGCCCAGUGGUACGCUCUCCAGGAGCAUGUGCCCUGCUGCAGCGACACAGCCAAUGGCAAAUGUAAGUUUGGCUGUCGACACUCGCGUCAGUCGACUGUCGACUCCAGCGAAGGAAGUACCUACUGAUUAGCCAGAUCAUCCCAUACAUUUUGAUUGGCUGUUCGAUGAUCACCAGAUUGUGCGAAUUGAUCACAUGAUCAGUUUUGAUUGGCUGUAGAGAUGCACUUGGUUUGAUAUUGGCCAUCUUUGAUUGGUUAGUCUCCUGACAGACCAAAAAGGAUGUGAGAAGACCGAAGUUAUAGACGAUGCAGUUGAUCAAUCUGCGGCUGACAGCAAGCGGAUUACCAAUGGAUGAUUGCACCAGGCCAAUUUUUCCUUGACGCAGAUCAACAGUUUGAGCUGCAUUGUGAGACCGUAUUGGAGGAAUGUUGUGUCUAGUUUACCCAAGAAAAUGAAAAAGACAGUUGUACAUGUUUAUCUAUAUUGUAGAGUGAACCUUUCUCUCUACGUAUUAUAGACACUGAUACUGAAAUAUCCAGAAAACCAUGAAAUCUGCACGAGAACCAAAAGACACAUGUGUAGACCAUAUUUACGACUGUAGGAAUUAUAGAUGUGGGUGUAUUGUAUAUGUCUUCACUAAACUUCGUCAAAAUAUGCAGGUCACAAAUUAGAAUGUUGAUAUAAGGGUUACUCACACUUGUACUUUUUUGAGCACAUAUAAAAUACAGUAAAACAUGUUUUUAACUUACACCAGAGGGACCUGUAAAAAAAAAAUGUUACUUUAAAAAGGCAUAAUUUGUUAUCAUUUUGCUGGUUAUAAGAAUGUGGGUAAUAAGUGUUGAGUAUAUGACAAAUGAAUAAACUCAAAUCUAGGCACUUAAAUUGGAAGGUGUAGUUGACACAAUGGAUGAUUUCGAAAACUUUCCAGUACAAUGUAUCAUGAAGAUUAAAAUAAAUCGCUGUCAUGUUGUUUUAAUACUGUAAGAUGACUGUCUACAAACACUGCUCAACACUGAAUACAAAAAUAGUCCUUAAACAGUGGUAGGCUUGAAAAAGCUACAAUUGGACGAUUUUAAUACUGGUUGUUAUGGACAGGUAGCAGUUAUAGGCAUGUGGUAGCUACAGACAGGUGGUCACUUUAGACAGGUUGUAGUUACAGCCAUGUGGGAGAUGAAUGGUAGUUGCAAACAAACAGUAUAGUUAUGAAUAGAUGGUUGCUAUCUAGAUAAGUGGUUUUCAUAGACAGGUGGUAGUUACAAAUAGAUGGUAGUUAUAAACAGGUGGUAGUUAUAGUUAAGUGGUAGAAAGAAAU